CGAAAUUAUUGAAAAUUCCAGACUCAAACAAACCAGUUGGCGCAAGUUUCACCACCUCAAAAAUUUACACGACGAGAUCAACCUAGCCAUAAUGGGUCUCGCAGGCCCCAGGAACCGUCGGAAACUCCAGCACGACCCAAACAAUACAAAAUGGACCCGAGACGAGACCACCUUCGGCCAGAAAAUCUUGCGUGCCCAAGGUUGGGAACCUGGCCAAUUCCUGGGUGCCCAAGGUGCGGCGCACUCCCACCUUCACACAGCUGCCAGCGCGGCACCCAUCACCGCCGUUAUGAAAGAUGACACCUUGGGUCUCGGAGCACAACCUCGUCACAAGCAGAACACCGAAUGCACUGGCCUGGAUGGAUUUAAAGAUCUCCUUGGUAGACUGAACGGAAAGUCUGAGGAAGUAAUCAAAAAAGAGAGGGAAGUGCGGUCAGGUAUCAAGACAAACUUGUACGUGGAGAGGAAAUACGGAACCAUGAGAUUUGUUAGUGGAGGGCUUCUAGUUGGUGAUCAGAUGAAAGGUUUGGUCAGCACGGAUUCCAAAACAUUGAAGACCGAAUCCUCGGAUGAUGAGAAGCCGGCCGUUGAACUGGACGAUGACACAAGUCGCACAGUGAAGAAAGAGAAGAAGGAAAAGAAAUCCAAGAAGCGGAAGACAGAAGAACCAGACUCGGUAGAUGGCGAUAUUGUUCGCGAGAAGAAGCGAAAGCGGUCCAAAAAUAUUGAUUCGCAGGAGGUCUCGACCAAUACUCUCGAAACUGAAGAAACUAGUAGCAAGAAAAAGAAAUCUAGAAAAUCUAAACGAGAGGAUGGCGGAGAAGUAGAGCUAGACGGGUUAGAGAAGAAGAAGAAGAAGAAUAGCAAGAAGUCAAAGAACGACUCUGAGCGCAAGGCUGAGAGCGACGGCACUUCAAGCUCAUCAGAAGAUAAUCAGCUAGGAAAGUCGGAGUCGAAGAAGGAGAAGAAAGAGAAGAAAGAGAAGAAGCAGAAGGACAAGAAGGACAAGAAGCAAAAGCGAUUGGAUACUGUAGACUCAUCGAGUUCUAUCCCAACCCCUCAAGAAAGUGGUGUGUCAACACCAUCGGGGACUGGUCCUUCAACUCCACAGCCUUUCUCAGCGCGGCAUUAUGCCCGGUCACGCAACAUAGCUUCAAAACGAAUGGCUAUGGCCGAUCUGCAAGCAUUAAACCAGAUUUUCAUGGUAAAGCCAGUGUGAUUAACAUACGCGACUGACGACGUAAUAGACUAUGAAAUUACUAAAACGUUGAUACCCCAAUAUAUAUGAUUCAGACAAAACCUCCUCAUUGAUCGCGACCCGGAACUCAUCGGUGAUAGAAUAUGACUUGAAUGAUGCGACAGCAGUUGCAAAUCUUGU